AUGUUAUUGAAGUUGUGCAGGAAGCCAUAUUUACCGACGCGACUGGCAGCACAGCCCAGAGUAGACUUAGAUUACAACUGUAUUUCGGAUACGAGCACGUGGAAGUGUUCUAGUGAAAAAGCUUCAAAUAUCAUGAUUUCCCAAGAACAAGUUCUGAUGUGUUUAGACACGCGGACCAAGAUGAUCAUAGUCAUCAUCGGAACUGUUGUUCUGUGUAUUAUUGGUAUGGCCAUUUGCUUAUCAUGCUGUUCCCUCCGACGAGAAGCUGAAAAGCAAGCUGAUUUUGUAUGUACAGCCUUUGUUCAAGAUUCGCAAUGA